UGGUACAAUUAUGGUCAAAUUAUUUUGUGAAGUAUAACUAAGCUAUACACGAUCCAAUGAGUAUGAAAUUUUUACUACAGUUGAAGCAUACAAUAAUUUUGUCACCAUAAAAAUUUUACCACAAUUGUACCAUAGAAGCUACAGGUAUGAAUUAUUCUAAUUAAUUACAGAAAAGUAUAGAUCUUAAGUUACAACAAAAACUUUGUAUUAAAGAAUACCAUAUUAUAUAUUCACUGUGUAGAUCUACUCACGUGGAGUCCAACAAAAUUGGAUUUUCCAUUUUAUGUUUUUUCUGUGAUUUAAUAUGAUUUUUAAAAGAUUUAGCGGAAAUAAAUAGAAAAGAAAUGACAAAACCGUGCUACUGUUGCAAAACCACCGUCCAAAACCACUUAAGGGGUUAUUUGACCGGUUUUGGAAAGUCCAGGGGAUAGAAUAUCUGGUUUUAUAGUUUUGGGGGGAGGUUAAAUAGUCCACCAUAAAUAGUUGGGUGGUUAUGUAGACUUUUCUAAGUAAAAGUUGCAUUUCGCAGAGAAUUGGAGUAAAAAUUGCAUUUCGCAGAGAAUUGGAGUGAAAAUGUUGGGGACAAUUCUCGGAGAAAAUCAUUGCACGCAAACCACGAAUAUCAGGUUUCCUCUCAUCGAGUGAAUGAGGGAUGCACCCGUGUUUUCAGGUGGCACGGGUGCCUCUGGUGUUCACAAAAUAGACUGGAUCCUUUUAACAUCUUGUAAUUAUGAAGUGCCUAUGUACAUAAAAUUCUAAAUUAGAUUUGCACUUGUAAAUAUUGUAAACUGUUCAAUGUAGUUUCUCCAACUCUACCAUUUCGCCAGUUUCUAAGUUGUCUUGUUCAAAUUUUUUUUGAAGAAUAUAUUUUCCUUUUGAUUGAGGGGAUCCUGCAAUAGUACAAUUUUGCUGUGUGCUCGAUUUAAAAAGGGAAAAAGAUAUCGAAAUGGGCCAGGUUCCAAAAUACCCAAGAUAUACCAAAACCCUUCUCGAGUCAGCCCACGGCCCACUAACCUGAGAAAAUGAUACUCCUUUUUUUUGUCCUUUUCACCCCCACAGCGCGCAUCGUUUCGAGUUCCCCGCCCUAAACCAUCCCCAAAACUCAAACGUCACCGCCACCGCCACCGCCACCGCCCCCGCCCCCCGUCCCGUCCGGUGCCGUGCCCCACCCUCACCGCCCUUCUCGACCAUGUCGGUGGCCGACGGGGACGACGACGAGGGCUUCCUCCUUGCCCUCGACGCGGCGGAGGCCGCCGCGCUCGACUCCUCCAAGCGCCGCCGCCUCUCCACCACCUCGUCACCGACGCCCGCCACUCCCCCCGCCGCCUCUGAGGGGUCCUACCUGUCUGCGCUCAAGGGAAGCCACAGCUCGGCCUGGCAGCAGCAGCAGCAGCAAGCGCUGACCUACGCGCACAAGCGGCCCGACGGCUCCAAAACCCUAGCCACGGGUACCGGGGGGACCCAGGUGGCGAGCGGAUCGUGCUUUAAGUGCGGAGACCCCGGCCACUGGGCCAGGGAGUGCCCCCAAUCGGUUCCCACUAUUGGGGGAGGGGGUGUAAUCGGCGGUGGUGCCGGCGGAGGGUAUGUGAAUGCGGGUGAGGAGGUGGAGGAGAAGGCGUGCCCCUGCGGCGCCGGGAGCUGCCUCGUACUUACUUCCAACACGCCCAGGAACCCCGGGAGGAAGUUCUACAAGUGCCCCAUGCGGGACAAUGGGGGUUGCAACUUCUUUGAGUGGUGCGAUGCUCCAUCUCCCGGCCCUGCAAAUGCUCGAAGUAACCCUGUUUUUCAGUCAGAGACAUCAGCAACAGAUAUGCUUUGCCCAUGUGGUGCUGGAGCUUGCUUAGUUCUGACCACAAAGACAGGGAAAAAUGUUGGGAGGCAGUUCUAUCGCUGCCCAGCAAAUCAGGGUGGCGGCUCUUGUGGCUUUUUCAAGUGGUGUGACGAUCAACAGCCCAGGGUAGGUGCACCACCGCAAGCUUCACUGCAGUACCAAACUGAUGCUAUGUCAAGCGUCCAAAACUCCAGCAAGAGGAGCUCCUCAUCCUGCUUCAAGUGCGGACAGGAGAACCACUGGGCGAGAGACUGCCCGAAUCAAUCAUUGGAUCCUUAUCCUGACAAGGGUGGGAGACCAAUAACUUCGGUGAGCUCGCCUGAUGGGUGCUUCAAGUGUGGUAAGACUGGUCACUGGUCCCGCGAUUGCCCAACCUCGAAUAGUGGUGGUGGUGGUGCCGGCGCCAGGCAUGCCAAGUCGUCUUCUGCUUUGGGCUCGUGGAACAGUCAGAGAUACUGAUAGCAAGCUCCUGUGAACUCAAUUGAACUGACAUGGACAUGCUGUACGAAACUUGGACAAAUGCCCCCGGACACGUGUUGCUUAGGUAUGUGAUCAUGCCGAUGCCUUUUGCUGUUCUAUGUUAUGUAAGGGAUCAACUGUGGCUGUUAGUCUGUCUUAAUCCUACUUUCAUUCUGUGUGGAACUCGGGUCUACUGUUUUAUCUACUCUAGGAACUUCCACUUGUCAGUAUAAGAAAGACUUGGUAUUCUGUUUGUCGUCA